GUCCUCCCGCGCCGCCGCAUGAACGAUGGGGAAGAACCAACACAGCAAAGAUCGCAUGUUCAUCACGGCUUCCGAGCACAAGUACCUGUAUGGGGGAAAGAAAGAUGCAGUCAAGACUGCCUACCGUCGUACGUUGUUUCAGUCGGCAAGAUGUUGCUUGCAUGAGGCUUGGAAUGAGACGUCGAUGUGUAGGCUUGCCGUUCGAUUGUUGCGCCAUCACGCUCACGCCAUUCAAGAAUCCUGUGUGCACAAGGCAAGGACACUUAUUUGACAUUGAAGCGGUCAUUCCCUACGUUAAAGAACACGGCAUCAAUCCAGUCACAGGUGAAACCUUGACCGUAAAGGACUUGAUUCGUCUGCACUUCCACAAGAAUCCUGAAGGCGAAUACGCAUGUCCCAUCACAUACCGUGUGUUUACGAACAGCACGAAAAUCGCGGCCGUUGCUACGUCCGGCAACGUGUAUGCAUUCGACGCUUUGGAGGAGCUCAACAUCAAGUCCAAAAAUUGGCAUGACCUCAUGACAGGCGAAGAAUUCAAGCGCAAGGACAUUAUCAUUUUACAGGACCCUGCGGAUCUAGGCAACCGCGAGAUCGACUCGUUCGAGCACUUUCGUCGGGCGAAAGAGAACGAAAAGACGAAGCAAGACGUCGGGAAACAAGAGCAUCAGACCAUUCGCGUCUCGUCAGCCACUGCACGUAUCUUCCAGGAGAUGGAAGCUGCUAAAGCGCUCAAGCGCAAGCGCGAGGAAGAGCUCAAGCAAGACAAGACGAAGCAGACCGAGGAAGAACGUAUUGCGGCGUCAGUCUCUCAUGCCAGCGCUGACACCACGCCAACACCUGGGAAGAACGGCAAACUCCAGUAUUCCAAGUUCACGGACGGGAAAAUGUCCCAGUCAUUCACGUCCACGAUGAUGGACCCAUCCACUCGAAGCCAAGCGGCCUUGGCAACUGAAGCCGAAGUGCUCGAAACGCGGUGGGCGAAUGUGAAGAAGCUCAAGAAGAAGGGCUACGUUCGGUUGGUGACCAACUUUGGCGCCAUCAACUUGGAAUUGGACUGCGAUUUCGUUCCGCGCACGUGCGAUAAUUUUCUUGGGCUAUGCGCCAAGGGCUAUUACAACGGGGUCAUCUUCCAUCGCAUCAUUCGAGGCUUCAUGAUGCAAGGGGGUGACCCAAGCGGGACCGGCCAAGGCGGUGAGUCCAUUUGGGGCGCGCCAUUCAAGGACGAGUUUGACAGUCGCUUGUUGCACAGCAAGCGAGGAGUCCUCAGCAUGGCAAAUUCUGGGUCGAACACAAACAAUUCGCAGUUUUUCAUCACGUUCAAAGCGUGCCACUACUUGGAUAACAAGCACUCUGUGUUUGGCCGAGUCGUCGGUGGGAUGGAAGUGCUCGACGAGAUCGAAGCGCUUUCGACCGACAAGAACGAUCGCCCUUACGACAAAGUGCAAAUCCAGAACGUCGUUGUGUUUGAGAAUCCGUUUGCGCAGUACGAAGAGGCCGAAAACCAGGGCCUCACGGUCGAAGACGUAAAGCGAAAGGAAGAGGCUCCCGUCGUCCAAGGGACUGUCAUCAAAGUUGGAGACGACUGGAUCGCGUACGACGGCAUGGUCGACAUGCCUGUGGUUCCCGUCCAAGCGGCAUCUGCAAAUUCCGGGGUCGGCAAGUACUUGAAGAUUCCACCGGCCGCACCCACCAAGAAGAAAAGUGCCGCAGCAAUUGGGGACGACGACCCUCCCAUCGCCAAAAAGGGCAAAGCAGCGCCAGUGACGUCGUCGUUUUCAAACUUUGACAACUGGUAGUGACUCGUCGCGAGAGCGGGAUGGUAUCAGUAGAAUUAAAACCACAAUACCAUUCUGCACACACCUGCAGCUUUGUGCAUGUUGAUCUUGGCGCUGGCGAUUCCGACCGCGGCGCGGCACGUCGCGUCGAGCAGGGAG